ACUGUGAGAUUUUCAUUCUAAAGUCUAAGACUUUUCAAAGUUAGUUUUAGAUUUGUCGAUUUUAAGUUGAAAUUCGGUUUAAAAUGUCUAAUCCCAUCAUACAUAACGUCCGGCACCAACAUGCCAGUACCAACACGGUGUAUCAUGCCCUUUAUGGCUACUACUUUCUUGGGAUUUCGAAGCCAAAUCUGGCUAAAAUUUACGGUAAGGCUGUUUCUACGAUCUACGAAUGGAUUGGACGAUACGAACGUGAUGGUUUGUUCCGAAGGAAGCAGCGAGAGCGGAUUUACAAGAAGUUCUGCGUCGAGAAAAGAGAAUGGCUGGUGAAUCUCUACCGAAACGAACCGAUCCUAUUCCUCGAUGAAGCGAAACAAAAAUUUCAAAGUUAUUUUCAAGUCUCAAUAAGCGUCUCGGCAAUUUGUACCAUCUUGCAUGAAUCUGGGCUUAGUUGGAAAACUAUUGAACGUCGUGCCAUACAGAUACGUGAUUCUGAGAUAAUAAGAUUUGUCCAGGAAAUGCUUGCGAUUCGAUGGGAUUUGUAUAACUUAGUCUUUCUGGAUGAAGUAUCCUUUGAUAACAAGGAUAUGUUACGCAGGAAGGGGUAUGGGGUGGUUGGACAGAAACUUAUCUAUCGUGGAGAGUUCUCUAGAAAACCCCGAGUCUCACUUUUGUGUUUCCUUGGAAUGAAUGGAAUCUUAGAUAGCUUUUGGACGGAAGGAACAUUCAACAGGCUGAAAUUUUUUGAUUGCUGCCGUAAAUUUGCGAUAAACAAUAACCUCGUUCAAACAUAUCCAGGAUUUCAUUCAGUCUGGAUCCUAGAUGGAGCACGCAUCCAUUGCGAUCCACAUAUAAUUCGUUACCUAAGGUCCGUUGGUAUCAUCCCCAUAUUCCUUCCUGCCUACUGUCCUUUUUUCAACCCGAUUGAAAUUAUAUUCGGGUUAAUCAAAAAACAUCUUCGGCGACAUCACCAAGAAAAUGCAUCGAUUUUGGAAGAGCUCUGUGAUGGUCUGAACUACUUUAAAGUAUAUCCAUGUCACAAGCUUUUUGAAAACUGUGGCUACAUGUCCGGCGGUACAUUUCUUCCAGAAAGGGGCUUGAGUCAGGAUCCAAAAUAUAUGGAUUUCAAUGUUUUUCCCAGAUAAUUUUUGAUUGAAACGAAAGCGUAAAUUGGCAUUGAUAAAAACGUGUUUAUAUAUUUAAAAAAAUGAAUCACAAAUAAAAAAAACAAUCGGAUGUAAAAAAACAAAACAAAA